GCUAAAAUUUAAUUUAAAGAAUGAUAAUUUUUUGUAAAACAAAAGGAGUACUUUUGUAGAAUUAACAAAUUCAAGAUUUAUGAUAGGUUUAAAUUAGAAAAAAUAAGUUUAAAUCAGAUCUAUUUCAUCAUUUUAUAUGUGAUUUCUUAUUACUAAUUACAACAGUAUAAUUAUUUCAAAAAAAAAAAAAUACAACACUAUAAUGAAAAAAUUAUGAAAAUAUACAUUGACACAAAUGUAGCAAGACCUUAUUUACAUUAGUAUACCUAUAAUUUCAAAGUUUAAUUAAAAAAAAAUUAAGUUUAUGUUAAUCAUGUAUCCAACAAAAAUAAAUAUAGGUGAUUUUUAUCUCCAAAAGAAUAAAAAGCUUACCCUUUUUGCUUUCCGUCAUUAAAACCCAAAAUAGAAAUAAAAACCUAACCCCCUUUUUUCCCCUCUUAAUUCCGAUUGCCGGCAACUUUCGACAACUCCGCUGAAGUACGGCGGCGAUUUCUAUCUCCGGCAAUCGCAUAUCUCCGACGACAUUUUCGAUGGGCAUUUUUGGUCGAAUUCGACUGAUGACAUUGCUUUUGGGGCCUCCUGGAUCAGGCAAAUCUACCCUGCUACUAGCUCUUGCUGGAAAGCUUGACAAUUCUUUAAAGAAAAGUGGAAAUAUAACAUAUAAUGGCCAUGAGCUAAGUGAAUUUUGUCCGCAAAGAACUUCAGCCUACAUUAGUCAAACAGAUAACCACAUUGGUGAGUUAACAGUGAGAGAGACUUUCGAUUUUGCUGCUAGAUGUCAAGGUGCAAGCGAAUCCGUUUCAGGAUAUAUGGAGGAACUUAUUCGAUUGGAGAAAGAAACAAAUAUACAUCCGAACCCAGAAAUAGAUGCGUAUAUGAAGGCAUUAUCAGUUGGUGGAAAAAAGCACAGCAUUGCGACAGAUUACCUUCUCAAAGUUCUUGGCCUUGAUAUAUGUGCUGAUACAGUAGUUGGUGAUGACAUGAAUCGAGGGGUUUCGGGUGGUCAAAGAAAGAGAGUUACUUCAGGAGAACUGAUUGUUGGGCCGAAAAAAACACUCUUCAUGGAUGAAAUAUCAACUGGAUUAGAUAGCUCGACUACAUUCCAGAUUGUUAAAUGCAUGGGGAAUUUUGUCCACCAAAUGGACGGGACGGUGCUCAUGGCUCUACUUCAGCCAGCACCUGAGACAUUUGACAUUUUUGAUGAUCUGAUGCUCUUGUCAGAAGGUCAUAUGGUCUAUCAUGGUCCUCGUGCAGAUGUGUUGGAUUUCUUUGAAUCUUUAGGAUUUCGCUUGCCCCCUCGUAAGGGUGUUGCAGACUUUUUACAGGAGGUUACCUCUAAGAAGGAUCAAGAGCAAUAUUGGGCAGAUCUUUCGAAGCCUUACCGAUUUAUUUCUGCUGAACAAAUUGCUGAAGCAUUUAGAAAUUCUCGAUUUGGGAAGAUGGUAGGAUAUACUUUAUCUGAUCCGUAUGACAAAACAAGGAGUCAUCCUUUAGCUCUGUCCAAAACAAAGUUUGCAUUACCAAAAUGGGAGCUUUUUAAGGCAUGUUUCUCCCGUGAAGUUCUACUGAUACGCAGGCAAAGUUUCCUGUAUAUUUUCCGAACCAUUCAGGUUAUAUUAGUGGGAUUUAUAACAGGAACAACUUUUUUAAAAUCAAGGCUACUGACUACAGAUGUGACUUAUGGAAAUGUCUAUCUUGCAUCCCUUUUCUAUGGGAUCACACAUAUGAUGUUUAAUGGAUUUUCGGAGCUGGCUCUUAUGAUAUUUCGACUCCCGGUCUUUUACAAGCAAAGAGACAAUUGCUUCUAUCCUGCAUGGGCGUGGUCACUUUCAAGCUGGGUUCUGCGUGUUCCGUAUUCUGUCAUUGAAUCUGUUGCAUGGUCGUGUGUUGUAUAUUACCUGGUUGGAUUUGCACCUGCAGCUGGAAGCUUUUUUCGUUUUAUGCUGCUGCUUUUUGUUAUUCACCAAAUGGCAUUGGGUCUCUUCCGGAUGGUGGCUACGCUGGCAAGAGAUAUGGUCAUUGCGAAUAUAUGCUCUACAGCUUCCUUGCUUGUUAUACUCUGUCUAUGUGGCUUUAUUAUUCCAAAAACUAUGAUAAAACCAUGGUGGAUUUGGGCAUACUGGGUGUCACCCUUAUCCUACGCUCAAACUGCAAUAUCUGUGAACGAAUUCUCGGCGACAAGAUGGAUGAAGGCCUUAGGAAACACUACAGUUGGACAGAAUGUUUUAGAGUUGCAUGCUAUACCAACAGAUGGCCAUUGGUACUGGAUUGGAAUUAUUGCUUUAUUAGCGUAUGUAUUUCUGUUCAACAACAUUGUUACACUAGCCUUGGCCUAUCUGAAUCCACUAAAAAAAGCCCAAACCGUGAUCCCAGAUGAUGUCUCAGAUGAUUCUGAACAUGGUGAAGGAAAAGAUGUGGCGAUUACUUUGAACAAUGGUUCUAACAAGGGAAUGAUUCUUCCAUUUCAACCUCUUAGUAUGACAUUUCAUAAUGUCAAUUACUUUGUUGACAUGCCAAAGGCCAUGAAGGCUAAAGGUCUACCAGAAAAGAAGUUACAGCUGCUGUCAAAUGUGAGUGGAGUUUUCUCUCCAGGAGUUCUUACUGCUUUAGUUGGGUCAAGUGGAGCAGGAAAAACUACUAUGAUGGAUGUGCUUGCUGGCAGGAAGACAGGAGGAUAUAUAGAAGGUGACAUUAGGAUUUCAGGCUAUCCAAAAGUGCAGCAUACUUUUGCCAGGAUCUCAGGAUAUGUUGAACAGAAUGAUAUACAUUCUCCUCAAGUAACAGUGGAAGAGUCGCUCUGGUUCUCUUCUUCACUUCGCCUUCCUAAAGAAAUCAGUAAAGAAACUAAAAAAGAGUUUGUUGAAGAAGUAAUGAGGCUGGUGGAACUUGACAAUCUUAAACAUGCUCUGGUGGGAUUGCCUGGUACUACUGGCUUAUCAACAGAGCAAAGGAAACGACUAACCAUCGGUGUAGAGCUUGUUGCAAACCCCUCUAUAAUUUUCAUGGAUGAACCGACAUCAGGGCUUGAUGCACGAGCAGCAGCUAUUGUUAUGAGAACAGUCCGUAAUACUGUUGAUACAGGACGAACAGUAGUCUGCACUAUACAUCAACCAAGCAUUGAUAUAUUUGAAGCAUUUGAUGAGUUGCUUCUUAUGAAACACGGUGGACAAGUCAUAUAUGGUGGAAAGCUUGGAGUUCACUCUUGCUUAAUGAUAGACUAUUUUCAGGGAAUAAAUGGAAUCCCUCGAAUUCCUGAUGGUUAUAAUCCUGCAACUUGGAUGCUUGAGAUUACCACCCCUGCCGUUGAAGAGAGACUUGGUCAAGAUUUUGCCAGCAUUUACAGAAAUUCCAGUCAGUUCAGAGAGGUAGAAGCUCUCAUAGAGCAAAUGAGUAUGCCACCACCUGGAUCAGAACCAUUACGAUUUGAUACGACAUUCUCUCAAGAUAUCAUAUCACAAUUUUGGCUUUGUCUUAAGAAGCAAUUUCUUGUGUAUUGGAGAUCUCCUCAAUAUAAUGCUGUGAGAUUCCUAUUCACUACAUUUUGUGCCUUGGUACUUGGCUCUAUAUUUUGGGAUGCUGGCUCAAAAAGGGAUUCAAUCAUUAACCUGAUUACAAUCAUGGGAGCCCUUCAUUCUGCAUGUUUGUUCUUGGGCGUCAGCAAUGCUUCUUCUGUACAACCAGUAGUUUCCACUGAGAGAACAGUUUUCUACAGAGAAAAGGCAGCUGGAAUGUACACUCCACUUGCUUAUGCAGCUGCUCAGGCUCUUGUUGAAGUUCCAUAUAUUGCUGCACAGACAUUGGCGUAUGGCAUCAUCACUUACUUCAUGAUUGGUUUUGAAAGGACAUUAAGGAAAUUUGUGCUCUAUCUUCUCUUCACUUUCCUUACUUUCACUUACUUUACCUUUUAUGGAAUGAUGUGUGUUGGCUUAACGCCAACACAGAGUAUGUCAGCCGUCAUAUCUUCAUCAUUUUACUCACUUUGGAAUCUGUAUUCAGGUUUCCUCAUUCCCAAAAGAUUUAUCCCUGGGUGGUGGAUUUGGUUUUAUUACAUCUGUCCUGUAGCGUGGACACUGCGUGGAAUUAUAUCUUCACAGCUUGGUGAUGUUGAGACUAUCAUUGUUGGAGAUGGGUUUCAGGGCUCAAUUAAGGAGUAUUUGGAUGUUCAUUAUGGCUAUGGCCCUGGAAUGAUUGGUGUCUCAGCUGUUGUACUUCUUGGCUUUACGCUCCUGUUUGCUGGUGCCUUCAUUGCUUCUAUCAGAUUCCUCAAUUUUCAGAGAAGAUGAGAUGAUAGUACUGGUAUUUCUGGCAAUCAGAUAUAUAUUAGAAAGAGAAGUCUAAGAAUUGAUUAUAGUUAGAUUAUGUAGGAUCCAAUUCCAAUUUUGUUUUUACAACUGUUGUAUAGUUUAAGACUAGAAGCUUUUGUCUAAAAUUAUAAGUAGGAAUAUGGCAUUUUCAGGAUUCAUGUGAAUAAUGUGAUUAUGAGAAGUGUACUGACAGUGUUGAUCAUUUCUCAUGCACGACUCGGAUUUUCAUCAUUUCUUAAGCAAGUUAAUUAAUGCUAAUUGCUAGCGUUUUCACUCUAA